AUGCGAGCAUCUAAGGCAUCAAUGCAUCUUGAGUUAUAUACACAAGCAGAAAGAUAUGCAUCUAUGGGUCUAGUAGCAGCAGAGGUAGCACAAGGGGAAGCAAGAGCAGCAGCAGCAGCAGCAGCAGCAGCAGGAGAAGGAACAGCAGCAACAGCAACAGAGGGAACGGCACCAGCAACAGAAGGAACAGGAGCAGCAGCAGAAGCAGCACCAGCAGCAGCAGAAGCAGCACCAGCAGCAGCAGAAGCAGCACCAGCAGCAGCAGAAGCAGCGCCAGUAGCAGCAGAAGCAGCACCAGCAGCAGCAGGAGCAGCACCAGCAGCAGCAGGAGCAGCACCAGCAGCAGCAGAAGCAGCACCAGCAGCAGCAGAAGCAGCACCAGCAGCACCAGCAGCAGCAGCAGCAGCAGUAGAUCCUGCUGAGGUUAAUUCGCUAAAGUUGCUGCAGCUGGAGGCAAGAGAGAACUAUGAGAAGCAGCAGAAGAGGAAGAGAGAAGCAGCAGCAGCAGAAGCAGCAGCAGCAGCAGCAGCAGCAGCAAGAAGAGAAAAUAAACCUUCACCUAUGGAUAUACUCAAAAAGAGAGGUAUUUAUUGGGGUCCUGUCCCUGAUUGUUAUGCAGAAGCAGCAGCACAAUUAUCUGGGGUGUCUGUACACCUGGAUAGAUUAACAGGAGAAUAUUCUUUGCUGCUGCCUUUGCUGCUGCUGCUGGAUGAAUACAGCAGAGCAGAUGCUGUUGCUGCAGCAGAUGAGAGAUUAUCUCUGCAGCAGCAGAUUGCUGCUAUAUUUCCUUCUAAAUAUACUAUUAUGCAGCAGCAGCAGCAGCAACAGCAGCAGCAGCAGCAGCAGCAGCAGCAGCAGCAAGAAGGAGCUAAAGACUUUCCUCCAUGGGAUCAUGAAAGAAAAUAUUUAUUAGAAAAUCUUGUCGCAUAUUAUGAGGCAAAAGGCUCUGUUGCUCAUCAGACAUUUAUUCUAUAUAAUAGGAUUGAGAGCAUCAAGGACUAA